AUGGCACCUUCAAAUGAUAAGCAAAUCUCUCGUGUUGGACCUAUGGAGGAAGGCGUUAUGCUAGUCUCUUCGGCCAUUAAUGACAUGGUUUACGGACACUGCGGACCAGUCUGCUUCAUGGGGGACUGUGACAAGCAACUGAAUUUCGAAAUGGCCCAAGAAACUGCUGCGGAAUACAACGUUAUCAACGUUUUCAAUGGCAUGCAACAACAGACCAAUAGCAACCUAUCCAGUGACAGCAAUCUUCUAGAUGAGGAAUCUGUCGCUUCUGGAGCCAGCCGAUAA